AUGUAUAAUCAACAACGAUCACAUAUAUCUGAUAUACUUUUUGAAGAUCAAGUUUUAUUAAGUGAUGGUCGGUCAAAACCUUACCUAGUUCUACUUCGAUUAACAUCGGAAUCACUUAUUAUUCGACCUUUAAAUACAAGUCAAAAUUUAUCAUCAAAUAAUAAAGAUAUUCAAGCAAUAGUACCACGAAAUGUUACAAUUGUACGACAUGCAAUCACACGUUCAUUUGGUUUUUGGAUUAAAGGUGGUAGUGAUACAGGUUUUCCAAUUCUUAUUUCGCGUGUUCUGCAUAAUAAUACUCAUCUAUUAAAUAUUGGUGAUGCAAUUUUAAAUAUAAAUAAUGAAGACAUAUCUAAUUUAACACAUGAUCAAGUUAUUAAUAGAUUACAUGAUGCAUCUGGUGAUCAAGUUCAUUUAACUGUUAAAUAUAUGAAUGAUAUGGCAACAUAUUUACAUUUAACAGCAGAAAAACAUCGAUCAUCAUCCGUACAAGCAACAUCGAAUGAUUUGACAUUACCAAGACGAUAUUUAACUAAUGAGAUACAUGAUCAAAAACGUAUGUCAGCAGAAUAUUCAUCUGAAAAUACAAAAGAUAAACGUUGGUCACUAUUAGCAUCCGAUCAACAAAAAAAUAAUGAUAAUUCUAAUAUUAACAUGCAAGAAUAUUCACUUCUUUAUGCAUAUGUUAGUCAAUAUCUAAAUGGUACAGAUAAAUUACGAGUUAAUUCAUUUCAAUUAUAUACUCUCAAUGGUUCUCAAACAGGUAUUAUUAUAACAAAUACAUGUCUUCAACAGAAUAUGUGGAUAUCACGUAUAAAUAUGGUUAUACGUAAUUUAACAACACGUAUAUUAGCUGAACUUAAUCAAACAUUAUUAUCAAGUGAACAAAUAUUUUAUACAACUUGGCUUAAUGAACGAAUUAUUAAUCUUAAUGAUAAUCUUUUACCACAAUGGAAAUCAAUCUUUAUUGUUUUUAAAGGUAAUGAUCUUUAUAUAUUUGAUGAUAAUAAAUCACCACCAUUAUGUACAUAUGAUUUUAUUUGUUGUACACGUGUAUAUCCUAUUACUGAAAUAUUUCUUGAAAUUGUAUCAUCAAAAGAUCAUAUUGAUAAUCGUCGAUAUUGUUUUACAUUAACAUUACCAAAUGAUAUACAAAUUGAUUGUCGAUAUUUAAAUUUUGAAAGAAAAACUGAAUAUGAUGAUUUUAUAUUAAAUUAUCAACGAUCACUCUAUAUAUCUGUUUAUUCACUUCAAAAUCGUACGUUUGGUUGUACAUUUAACGGACAAAUAUGUCGAUUAAUAAUUGAUAUAAAUAAAGGUUUUGAAAUGUAUAAUAAUGAAACAAAUAUUAUGUUAUGGACAUUUACAUUUGAACAACUUCAAUCAAGUUCAGAUAAUGGAAGAGAUCAAAUAUAUUUUCAAUUUAAACGUUAUUUAUCUUCAAAUGAAACAAAUACAAUUAUUCAUAUUGAUGUACAAUGUCAACAUUUAAAAAUAUUAAUUCAUGUUAUUAAUGCAUUUUUAACUGUGAAAUAUAUUGGCCAAAAAGAUGAUAAUAAUAUAACUGAUUAA